GUGGUCACGCGAGACGUUUUCCUGCCCAAUUCCUCCCAAUGUGGAAGGCUUCAUGAACUUGCGGCUGCAGCUUCAUGGAAGCGCGACUACUAAAGGAUGCACCCGAAGGCGCCGCGCGCGCGCGCGCACGCAUGCACAGCCAAGGCACCUUGAGCUGCCCCCACUGCGUGUUACGAUAGCGAGCCCACGAGCGGCUUUUGUCCCGUGAUGGGGAGAAGCGUCACAUGGAGGAGCCACGGUGCCGUCAUCCUGCUGGCUGUCAUUAUAAGCUCGUGUCGGGCCAUCAUUUUGGACUCCAUCCUGUGGAGCAGCGCCAACACCAACUUCACAACAGGUCAAGGUCUGGUCCUCUCCCCUCAGAUUGGGGACAAGAUGGACAUUGUCUGCCCAAGGGCGGACGUCUCCAAGGGGGAAAAGGAGGAGUUCUACCGGAUCUACUUGGUUUCUCGAAGUCAGAUGGAGAGCUGCACCAUAAACAAGAAGGACACUCCUUUGCUGAACUGCGACAAGCCGCAUCGGGAUGUCAAGUUCACGUUCAAGUUUCAGGAGUUCAGUCCUAACCUGUGGGGGCUGGAGUUCCUCAAGGGGAAGGACUACUACAUCACGUCCACAUCGACAGGCUCUCUGCAAAAUCUGGACAACACCAAUGGAGGAGUGUGCAGGACCAAAUCCAUGAAGCUGCUGCUCAGAGUCGGACAAGGUUCCUCAGAUCCUCGAUCAACCCUGCAGGAAUCGCCGAGCAGAUUUCCACCAACCCAACUAAAACCGAACGCAAAGGAUCCAUCCGGACGUAAUGAUAGCGAGAACAAAACCGGGGCGGGCUCAGAAGCAGGCCAAGUCAAGCCCGGUGGCAACGGCGGCUCGGCGCCAGGACUGCUGAUAUGGGUUGUCUCGGCCUGUGCGAUUCUCCUCCUCCUCAUCGUCAUGGUGUCGGCCGCGCUGUGGAAGUGGCGUGGCUGUGGCCCAGAUCGCCAGCAAUCGGCGUCUGUGUCCCUCAACACUUUAGCCGUGCCCAAACGGGACAGCAUCAGCAGCGACAACGUUGGCUCGGACCGCAGCGAAAUGGUUUUUCCUCUGCAGGCCUCCGACAGCAGAUUCUGUCGACAUUUCGAACGUCUGAGCGGCGAAUACGGAGCCCCGGUCUACGUCGUUAAGGAGAUUACGCCGCAGAGUCCCGCCAACAUUUACUAUAAAGUCUAAUUUUGGCGGGUUACAAUGACUUUUUGUUUCCCCUUGCUAAGAACAUUAUUGGCUCUGGGGAUAAAUGGAGCAAUAUUUCACGAGUCUUUUUUUGGGAACAGACAAUCAGAGGGCCUAAUCACUUACCGUAUUUUCCGGACUAUAAGGCGCACCUAAAAACAUCAAAUUUUCUCAAAAGUCGACAGUGCGCCUUAUAGUCCGGUGCGCCUUAUAUAUGGACCAAAUUCCUAAAUUGAAACUGGCCCAAAGUAUUAUGUCAUGAAAUCAAUCAUAAGUGGCCCGCUGAAGGCUAUGAAUGUUGAAAUAAAAAAGAUAAAAUGGAGAAUGGUUUGAUUUGGAUUAAAAAUCUGACAUGAUGCAUUAAUGGUGCGCCUUAUAGUCCGGUGCGCUUUAUAUAAGGACAAAGUUUUCAAAUGGGCCAUUCUUUGAAGGUGCGCCUUAUAGUCCAGUACGCCUUAUAGUCCGGAAAAUACGGUACACACAUUGAGUAAAUAACCGAUUUUCCCAUUCUGAUGACUAACUGAAGCCGUUUUUAAAUAUUAGGGAAUUUAUAGUGUCAUCUUGUAUCUUGCGUAAAUAUGUACAGUAUGUAUUCAGAUUCAUUUCUUUUUAUUUCAUUUAAUUUAUUAUACCGAUCUGAUGUCGAGCCCUAAAUUGUCGAAACGCUUUCCACUACUUUUAGCACCUUGGGAUUUCUUUUCUAGAACUUUAAAAUGCAUAUGUAAUUGUUUU